CAUUGGCCGUGGCGGGCUGAGCUCAUAUAUUUCGCCAUCUCCCAAAGUAGAAAGAGAGAGAAGGUGCCCUAGCUGGCGGAAGUGAGAGAUCAAAUGAAGAACAUGAAGUAGAAUUCCGAUCGUAGAUUCAGCAAGUUCGAAUUUUUAUUUCGAAAGGAGUCAUGGAGAGGAACACGAAGGGAAGGGGUAAGAUAGACAUCAAGAAGAUAGAGAACGCCACUAACAGGCAAGUCACCUUCUGUAAGCGUCGUAAUGGUCUUCUAAAGAAGGCUUACGAGCUCGCCGUUCUCUGCGAUGCAGAGGUCGCCGUCAUCAUCUUCUCCAGCCGCGGCCGACUCUAUGAGUAUGCCAAUAACAGUGUGAAGGGAACUAUUGAAAGAUACAAGAAGGCUAGCACUGAUAAUUCCAACACAGGAUCAACCAAUCAAACAAAUUCAGAGUAUUACCAGCAUGAAGCCUCAAAACUUCUUCAGCAAAUCACUGAUUUACAGACCUCCAACAGAAAUUUGAUGGGGGAGGCUCUGAGCACCAUGAAUUUAAGGGAACUUAAACAACUGGAAGCUAGACUGGAGAAAGCCAUAAACAAAAUAAGAUCUAGAAAGAAUGAGUUGCUGUACGCUGAGAUCGAGUACAUGCAUAAAAAGGAGAUGGAGCUGCAAAAUGAUAACAUGUACCUUCGAAAUAAGAUGAUUCAGAUUGCUGAAAAUGAAAGACUACAGCAGCAGCAGCAGCAGCAGCAGCAGCAGCAAAUGAGAAUGUUGCCCUCAACAAGAAAUGAGUAUGAAGCCAUGCCUCCAUUUGAUUCUCGAAGCUUUCUUCAAGCAAAUCUACUUACGGGCAACAACCAGCCAUUAAACUAAGCUAGGAGAUAUUGCCAGCCUGAAGCUGAU